GGUUUCAUGGUCGAAACCUGAUCCGUGUUUGAGAAAGUGGUUAUUUACUUUGCUUAAUCAUAAUUUGUUUAAACAACAAUUCCAUGGAUAUACUACAUACUACUAAUCUGUUUUGAUUUCUUGUUAAUGCAAGGAGGGAGGCUAUUCUUCUACUUCAGAUUUACCUCUGACAGAGUCUCAUUUUUCUACUCUUCCGCUCGGUUGGCCACCCAGGAUGUCAAAUCAAUUAUUCGGCCUUCUCCAAAAAAAACAAUAACAAACAAUUUCAAUAACUGGAACAUUUCUUUUCUUGAUAUUUCAGGUUCCCAUGUACUAGUGUUUUCUUCUCAAUUCGAAAAAGGACGCGAAUGAGCGGUCAAGUGAAUGCAAUAGUUAUGGUUCGAUGAUGAAGAUUGUUUCGAAUGAAAUUUUAAAACAAAAAAAAACCUAUACCAAAAUUGAGAGAGGCUGGAUAUUUACCUGUAAGGCCAGCAUUUACGGCCGUGCGUGUGUUUUAUUCGACGGAAACUGAAUUCCCAUUUAACUUUACUUUAUUGAUUACUAUCGUUUCCUCUCUUUCUUCGUUAUUGCCAAGUUGCGCUAUUAAUAUGGAUGACUGAUUGCCUCUUCAGAGAAAAGAGUUUAGCGUUAUACCACACAAAAACAGACCCCUGAUUCUUUCUUUAUUUCUCUCCCAAUAGACCAAUAUCACUUUUUAUUACUUACUCCCUGCUCGCUAAUUGGUAUUUUAUGAAGCACAAGUCGUCGCCACUGUCAUUAUACACAUAUAUGAUGGUCUGGCUAAAAACCACACCCAUUGUUAACCGCUAAGCCGCAUAUUUAAACUGGGUUCAUUUUAAAAUAAAAAGUCUGAAAUUUUGCUCCACCGCUAGUCCGGAAAAGUUUAGAUUCUUUGAGCCAUUUUGAUUACUCUCAAUCAACUUUGCUCCAUUCACUUACCAUUAUUGUCGAACAAAAAAGUCAAAAAAAGUCAAAUCAUUUCACAGAAAAUCCAAAAAAUUGAGUUUACUUGACAUAAAAAUAAUUGUUUUUACUAGUAUACGAAAGAAAAUAUUUUUUGAGAAAAUAUCUGCCUAUUAGUGUUUACUUCUUUGUCGUUUUCUUUGAACGGAAUCGUUUAGUUACUUUUGCCUCGACAACUUGUGAGAUCGACAAUGGACGGCGCCGUUAUUUCCCCACAUUGGGACUUGGAAAUAAACAAUUUCCCUCAUUUUUCCCGAUGGAUGAACGAAUCAAAAGCCCGCAGUAGCAAUUCCCAUUCUAUUCUUUAUUUCCCAACUGAAAGUUCCGCCCAAGCAGAAAACAAUUUUGGCCAGUUUUCCCAUUUUACAGUCCCGCAAAUGGCGCUGGAAACCAUAAAUGUCAGUUCCACCAACGAUUCUUUCGACCAAAGUCAGACCCCGCCGGGACCCGAACCGUGGACCUGGUUCAAAUUCCUCAUCGAAAUUAUCUGUUUCACUUGCGGACUAAUCGGAAUUCUUGGAAACUCUUUAGUGGUUACAGUCUACUUUCGGAAAACGCGACGAAAGGCGACUGAGAUUCUAAUUUUGUGUCUCAGUUGCCUAGACUUAGUUUACUGUAUCUGCAAUAAUGUGAUUCAAGUUCUGAUCAUAAUGAUGGGGUUCUAUCCCCCGUCGGUUCUUGUGCAAGACAUUAUCGAGUUCAUUUUGAAUUUCCUUUUUACUUCGUUACCUUACAUGUCUUGGCUUAUGAUUCUAAACAUAACUUGUAAUCGCUACAUUGCAGUUUGUCACCCUUUCAAAUAUUCUCAAAUAUACACUCUGAAUUUCGCCAAAAAUGCAGUGCUGGCCAUUCUUCUGUUCUCUGUGGUAAUAGCAGUUCCCUUCUUCUUCAAAGCCUGGAUGUCCAGUGGCCAAAUUGAAAUUCUCCUCCAGGCAUACCAGGGCAUGCGUGCAUUUCUAGUGGCUGUAGUCUGUUCAUCGAUGCUCAUCAUGUACUCCAGAGUGGUUAGCAGACUGCGCAGUCAGAACAAAGACUCUCUGGUCUACAAAAGCCACAAAAGCCCACCGCUGAUAGCGGAGGAGGAGACCUACGCAUAUCACCCGAUAAGUGGAAAGUGCAACGGCAACGGCGGAUCCACCAUUGAACUAACUGCUAUCGCCGCCCUAACCAACAACAACAACACCACCACCACCAAUAACAACAACAACAACACCACCACCAACAGCAACAACAACAACAACAACAACAACAACAACAACAACAACAACAACAACAACAACAACAACAACAACAACAACAACAGCAGCAGCAAAAACAACCAAAACAACAAGAAUGCAGAACGUGUAAAUGAGUUGAGUACAUCUCAGUUGAACUUGAAUGAGGGUAGCUCUAGUCCUUCUGGUCCAGAUCUCGGUCCUAGUCGUGUCCAGAGGUUGCAUUUACCCGAAGAGGCUGGACCCAGCGGGAGCUCUAAGCCAACCAUGGAUAGAAGCAAAACAAUCACAACUAUCAAGGUCGAGUUCCAUCACUCUAAUAUGUCAAUCAACACCGCCGUCGUCGAAGACCCGAAGACAACGCCAAAACCUAAAUUGACAACAUCAACUGAUUUCAACCCGUCUCUACUGAACGCCAACAGCCUAAAACCCUCGCGCGACAACCUUCCAAGGCUGAUCUCGACUUCAAUUAGUGGAAAUCACCAGCACGACUCGGACGACGACGAACACCCGGUGGAGGUGGAGCACCAAGCCGACGGAUCUAUGGUCGGCAACCACGCACACUCCCACUCGUCUAACCUCCUGGGAAAACGCGACUCGAAGCAGUCAGGUUCAACCCGAACGCAUCUAGGCGACGAGCUCACUCGGAGAAAGGCCAGUCGGUUCUCGGGUGUAAAACUGCUGUCGAACUCGCAAAAGAGUCAAGUUGCGGCGCCGACUCAAGCUAGAAUAAACUCGGAAAAACGAGCUCGGAAAACGACAGUGACUCUUUGGAUAGUUUGCUGCGUGUUCGUCGGGUUGAACAUUCCGAACGCUGCCAUUCGGUUUUUGAAAGGCUACACGAGCCUUGUGGUAAAUCCGAGGCUGAAUGACAUCAGCUUAGUACUUUAUACAAUUUCGUUUGCAGUGAACCCUUUUAUUUACUAUUUUACUAACUCUGCAUUCAAAACAGACUUGAUCACUUUAAUCCCAUGUCUUAAAUGUGGUUCCAACAUGCAUGAAGGUAAUUGAAUUUAUUCAUGAGUUGAAUGUUAAACUAAAUAAUUGGAAAUUUUCAAGUCAAAGUUUGUAUCAGUGCAAUAUAGCUUUAAU